AUGGCGUCUCGGGUACCGCACUGGCGGGUUCUCGUCGCGUCGACACUUCUCGUGCUGCUCCUCUUCGCGCCGCCCGUUCCUGCGCGCGCCAUGGGCGGCGAAGAUCACGGCGGGGAUGAGGGCGGGGAUCACGACAUGCCGUCGCAAGGCAAAGUGACGUCGCGGGACGUGUCGAUUAGCAAGAAGCGCGUGUUGCGGAAGAAGCUUAGAAAAUUUGUGGAUCCGCUGCCCGUUCCACUGGUCGUCAAUGCGGACCGGCUUCCAAAAGACUUCAGCCGAGCCGCUGCUCUCACCAUCACUGCGUUUAGCGUGAAGCGGAAAUUCCACCGCGACCUGCCCCCAACCCGCGUGUACGCGUUCGGGCUCACGCGCAAGAGCGCCAGCGUGCCCGGGCCGACGAUCGUGGCGCACGUCGGAGCGCCGCUGCAUGUGACGUGGCAGAACAACAUCACAGAUCAGCAGCAUAUCAUGCCCGUCGAUUACACGCUCAUGGCUCCCAAGCUCAAGAAGGGGGGCGUUCCUAUCACUGUUCACUUGCACGGCGCACAGGUCUCCAGUUCCUACGACGGCCACCCUGAGGCCUGGUACACGCGUUGGGAAGAGAAAGGUCCCGAGUUCGAAUCCAACCAUUACCAUUAUCCCAACAUGCAGCCGCCCAGCACCCUUUGGUACCACGACCACACCCUGGGAAUGACGCGGCUCAACAUUAUUGCAGGACUUUUUGGCGCGUACAUUCUGUCCAAUCCGCAGACGGAGAGAAAGUUUAACCUGCCCGUGGGCAGGUUUGACGUGCCGCUGCUGAUCCAGGAUAGGUCGUUUCUGUGGAACGGGCACACGUUUAUGGAGGGGAAGGGCGUGACGAAAUCGCAUCCUGAAUGGGUACCUGAGUAUUUCGGAAAUUUCAUGACUGUAAAUGGAAAGGUGACCCCUUACAUGGCAGUGCAGCGUCGCAAGUACCGCUUCCGUCUCAUCAACGGCUGCAACGCUCGAUUCCUCGACCUCUCGCUCCGUGCCUCGCCCUCCGUUUCCAACAAUCCCAGCAGUACCGCCAACAGCACCAGCAGCGUCACCUUUCCCUUCCUCCAGAUCGCCUCAGAAGCGGGCUAUCUCAACCAUCCCGUGUUCCUCCGCAGAAUCACCCUCGCUCCGGGGGAACGCGCAGAGGUCAUUGUGGAUUUCAGCCAGCUUCCUGCAGGGGUGACAAUCCGCUUGAAAAACCGCGCUCCUGCACCGUAUCCUGGGGGUGAUUUACCCACGGGGGAUCUACAGUACGUCAUGCAGUUCAACGUGGAGGGUGACCCGGUUGCAGACCCCUCUACAGUGCCAGCAGCGCUUAACUCUAUCCCGCUUCUCAACCUCGGAAACAUCGCCGCGACAAGGGAAAUCACGCUUUCAGAAAUGGAAGACAGGGAGAGUGGAAACCCUUUGAUGGGGCUCAUCGAAAAGAAGCACUACCACGAGCGAGUCGACAUAAGACCGACAUAUGGCACCCGCGAACUCUGGUACCUCAUCAACCUCACAGAAGACUCACACCCCAUCCAUAUCCACUUCUCCCCCCACCGAAUCCUCUUCCGCCGCCCGUUCAACAAGGAACACUAUGAGGACAGGAAAUGCAGCAUUGCCGCAGGGACCUGUUACACUGGUCCGGCAGAUUCACCCAGGAAGAAUGAGAGGGGAUUGAAGGACACUACAAGGGCUCCCCCAGGGUAUGUGACUGCGCUGGUGGUGGAUUUUUCGCCGUGGAUGGGGAAGAAGCUGAGUUUCGAUCCCACCAAGGGUCCGGGGUACAUGAUUCAUUGUCACAUCCUGGACCACGAGGAUAAUGACAUGAUGCGUCCUUUCAAGAUCCUGCCUGCCAAGUAG